UCCUGUUCUCUGCUCUCUACUCUACCUCAAAGUUAAUGACAAAAGAUUCAAAAAGCGUUUUUUCACGAUUUAAUAAGUAUUAGAAAUUGAGAGUGAAGAUGUAUAUGAUAGAGAGCAAAGGAGGAGCAAUCUCUUGUAUGCUCUUAGCUCUGCUCUUCUUAGGUACAUGGCCAGCAAUCAUGACACUAACAGAAAGACGUGGGAGACUUCCUCAACACACUUAUCUUGACUACACAAUCACAAAUCUAUUAGCUGCAGUGAUCAUAGCCUUCACACUAGGCCAAAUAGGUCCAAGUAGACCAAAUUUCAUCACACAGCUUUCUCAAGAUAAUUGGCAGUCUGUGAUGUUUGCAAUGGCUGGAGGAAUAGUACUUAGCCUUGGAAACUUAGCAACACAAUAUGCUUGGGCUUUUGUUGGUUUAUCAGUCACUGAAGUCAUCACAGCUAGUAUCACUGUUGUUAUUGGCACAACUUUAAACUACUUUUUGGAUGAUAGAAUCAACAGAGCUGAGGUACUUUUCCCAGGAGUGGCUUGUUUCUUGAUCGCGGUUUGUUUCGGCUCUGCUGUUCAUAAAUCAAAUGCAGCUGAUAACAAAUCUAAACUCCAAGGUUUCAAAAGUUUAGAGACUACUUCUUCCUUCCAAGUAGAGAUAGAUCCUGCAGACAGCGGGUUAGGGAAAGGGAAAGCUAAAGAAGGGACAGCAGCUUAUCUUAUAGAGCUUGAGAAACAAAGAGCCAUCAAGGUCUUUGGGAAAAGCACAAUAAUAGGCCUGGCGAUAACUUUCUUUGCUGGUAUCUGUUUCUCUCUAUUCUCACCUGCAUUCAACUUAGCGACAAACGAUCAAUGGCACACAUUAAAACAUGGGGUUCCAAAACUCAAUGUCUACACUGCUUUCUUCUACUUCUCAAUAUCUGCAUUCGUGCUUGCUCUGAUACUUAACAUUAAGUUCCUGUACUGGCCUAUACUUGGUCUCCCAAAGUCCUCUUUCAAAGCUUACCUUAAUGACUGGAAUGGCCGAGGAUGGUCUUUCUUGGCUGGAUUUCUUUGUGGAUUUGGUAAUGGUCUUCAGUUUAUGGGCGGUCAAGCUGCAGGCUAUGCAGCUGCAGAUGCUGUUCAGGCACUUCCACUUGUGAGCACGUUUUGGGGGAUAUUACUGUUUGGAGAAUACAGGAGAUCAUCAAGAAGAACAUAUGUACUUCUUAUCAGUAUGCUCUUCAUGUUCAUAGUUGCAGUUGCGGUUCUUAUGGCUUCGUCCGGACAUAGAAAAUGACUUCAAAAGGAAAUUCACAGAAACAUCUACAAGAUAAACUGCUGAAAGGAUCACAACUUUAGUUCACAAACUUGUCAGAGACCAGCAAAAGUUUACUUCUUAUGGAGUACACUGAUGGACCAUCCUCCAACUUGUUAUGAACAAAUCAUUUCACUUUCUCUAAUGUAAAGACUCGAUUCAUUAAAAGAAGGUCAAAUCUCCAA